UCAAGGCUCUCCCUCCAUCCAACCCCACAUCUACUUUCAAAAAUUCCACCUUUUUUUUGAAAUCUAGAUCUCUCCAAGCUUGAACCCUAAACCAAUCCUUCUCAAUCCCUCCUCUCCAUUUCGUUUGUGUUUUUUUUGGGCUAAUUGAAGGUGGGAUUUAGUGUUUUGUUAUGGACUUGAAGGCUUUGCAAGAAGGUGAUAGUUUGGUAGAUCUUGAAAGCGGCAUGAAUGCGGCUCUCAUUGAUCAAGAAUGCCAUCAGAAUGCUCAUCAAGGGAAGAAGAAGUUGAUUAGGGUUCAUAGUGGUUUCAGGAGCAUUGAGAGAUCUACUCAGGUUGAAGAACCUUUGAUUUCUGGAUGUAAUUCAUGUCGUAGUUCUUUCGAUGGCCGUCGAGAGGAUGAUUAUGAUGAUGAUCAUCAUCAUUUGUUGAAAUUGAGGUUUGAGACUGAUGGCCCUUUGGAAAAGAAGGUGGUGAAGGCUGAGGAUAUGGGGAAGAAGAAGGUGUUGAAGAAACCCCCAAAGCCGCCUCGGCCUCCAAAGUCUUUGUCUUUGGUUGCUAGUGAUGAGAAAUUAGUACAAGAAAUUUCGAUAUUGAAGCGGGCAAGGAUUGAAAGAAUUAAGGCUUUGAAAAGGAAGAAGAAUGCCAAGGCAAAGUCUUCUAGCAGUAAUCUAUUGGCCAUGAUUGUCACUGUGAUCUUCUGCCUUAUUAUUGUUUGGCAAGGUAUUGUUUGUUCAUACUUGUAGCUUCUGGUAGUUUGCUUGCUCUUUGAUUUUUGUUUUGUUCUUCUUUACUUGUUAUGCUUUGCCUCGUAAAAUUCGGUAGUUUAUUUGUAUUCAAAUUGGCAACUCAUUGUUCUUCGCUUCACCUAUUAGUAAAUGCUUAGAAAACUUACACCUUGAAGUUUGUCAAUUAGUUAUGUAUCCUAUUUUUGUUUCAUGAAAUAAAUUCGAGCAUAUUGCUAUCCAGAAUCUACAUUGUUGAAUUGUCUUGGUGAAUCACAAAGCUAUAUUUGGUUUGUGUUGCUAAAACUUAAAUUAUACAUGUGAUUGACAAGGUAUGUAGAGGAUUUUGUAGGUUAGGGUCUUCUCGUUCAAGGUUUGAGUUGGAACUUAGAAUUAAGGCUCAAACUGGAUGAAAAUUCUAGGAAUUCAUAAGAUUUGGUCUCAAUGCAUUUAGCCAGAAGGCCCAGAACUGCUUCUUGUCUACUAUUAUUUGGUUUGCACCUAGAUUAUGUUUA